UGAGUCUUUGUGUUGUUGCGAUGGAAGUGUCGCCGAAUGUGUUCGUGUCGGGGUACGACCAUCUCGUGACGAAGGAGGUCAUGUGGAAGCAUUUUGAGGACUGCGGAACGAUCUACAAGGUCGACAUGAUGGAGAGUGCCGGCAGCGGACGCUUCAGCUUUGUCGAGUUCACGGACGCUGCGGCGGGCCGAGCUGCUGUGGCCAACAAGGACAGGUCCAUUCUGGGUGGCAGAUCCCUUCGCGUGCGGUACGCGAACAGGAAAACCAACACACCUCAUUCAUCACCACCACCACUACCACCACUUCCACCUACGAUCCCGAUUGCCUUGUCCCCGCCGCCGCCUCUUGCGACCUCGCAUCCACCAACCAAGACGACGACACCCAUGCCCACGGAACCCCUGGGUCCGUCCGACCCAACGUCGCAUUGGCUCUUUGCAUCCACGACCCCUCUUUUAACACCAUCGUACCUCGCAGGCAUCUCGUUCGACGUGGAAACCCAGCUUCGGCGGACCACCUCAUGGUAUAUCAUCGAUCUGCAGCGCAAGUUGGACCUGCCGCGGGUGGCGAGCUUGUCGGCCAUGACGUACAUGAACCGGUUCUUCAUGCUGCACUCGUUCUCUUCCCACGACCGGUUCCUCGUCGCGUCCGCCGCCAUCUUCCUCAGCGCCAAAGUGAACGAGCGCACGGUCAAGCUCACGCACGUCGCCGACGCCAGCUUGAAGCUGGCCACCGACGCCGAGAAUGCUUCUUCGACCAUCACUCUUCCUGCCGACAUGGACUUCAUCAAGUCGCGUAUCCGGCAGUACGAAGUCAUCCUCCUCAACUCGCUCUCGUAUGAUGUCGUGGUGCCGCAGCCGCAUUUGGCGCUCGCGGCGCUCGCGGAUCGCGCCAUCGCCCAAGUGGACAUGGCCAGGGAAAAUGUCCUCGCGGUCGCCGACGUCUUCCUCACGGACGCCAUCGCAGGCACGCUGGCUUUGCAGCUCACGUCCGACGAACUCGCGGCCGGCGCGCUCUACUUGUCGUGUCGAUUUCAUCGGAUGGACGACUGGGUACACACUACGGACGUCUUCUCCCAUGUCCAUAUUCACAUCGUGGCAUCGCACUUCCUUGCCAUGUACGACGUGCGUCGACUGCCGGUCUCCCUCCAAGCCGUCGCUCUAAUUUUCAAAUAAACAGGGUUUUUCAUCUA